GCAUCACGCAUUAUAUCGAAGCAUCAAGAUCUUUAGCCGUAGUUUCGUGUUAUUUUUCACUUGUGAGUAUUAUUUUCUCAUCAUUUUUUUUUUAUUAUUUGUUUAACUAUAUUUAUUUAGAUUUUUUGAGUUUCUAAAUUAGGAUUUUCUUAGCCCAUAAAAUUCCUAACAAGGUUUUUUUUUUUUUUUUUAAUUCCUAUUCGGAUUUGUUGAGCCCAUGAAAGAGUUAUGUUCAGAUUUUUUGAGAUUUCGAUUUGAUUUUUCUCUAUUAUUUUUCUGAGUAUUAGGGUUUUAUUUUUUUAUAUUAUUUUCAUAAUUUUCAGUGAGAAGAUUUUCUCUAUUUGUAAUGAUCUUUGCCUGUUUUUUUGUAGGGUUUUGGCUUGGCUCUGAUUUAUCAUUGUUCGCACAUUUGGCAUAGUCAAUACGAUGGAUUUUGGGUGGAGUUCAGAUAGUGAUGAGGUUGAGAUAGUGACGAGUAGAAACUGUCCAGAAGACUUUGUAAAUGAAACUAUUGAGGAUGACGUUAAUUUGGGGGAUGGUGAUGGAGAUGGAAUCAAUCUGAUUUCCACUACUGGUAGUGGAAAUCUUGAACCGUUCGUUGGGAAGGAAUUUGAUGAGGUUGAGGAUGCCCAAGCAUUUUACAAGGCGUAUGCAAGACGAAAAGGUUUUGCAAUGAGAACCAAUCAUACGCAAUUAUCCAGAGAGGACAGAAAAUUAGUUGGAGUACACUAUGUUUGUACGCGGGAAGGAUUUAGGCGUGAAAGUUUCAAACAAAAAGAAAGAAAAAAUCCCGAACUUGCUGAAACAAAGAUUGGUUGUAAAGCUACCAUGUGUAUAAAAAAAGAUGGUGAAAGGUGGAUAGUUUGCAAGUUUGUCCCUGAACACAACCAUGUGCUACUGACACCAAGAAGUACGAGCUUGCUCCGUGGACAUAGAGGGGUAACGCGUGUGCAAAAGAAACUCAUUCUCACUUUGAAUGAGUCCGGCAUACCGACAAGGAAGAUAAUGUCGGUCUUGAGCAAAGAAUCAGGUGGUGAUUUUAAUACAGGUUGUAUUGGUAAGGACGUUGACAAUUAUUUGGGAAAUAAAAGAAGAAAAUUGUUUGAAGAGGGGGAUGCACAAAGGUUAUACGCAUAUUUUCUUGAUCGACAGUGUAAAGAACCUGGGUUUGUAUAUUCCAUGCAGAUUGAUGAGAAUGGGUGUAUGGGAAGCUGUUUUUGGGCAGAUGCAAGAUCAAGGUCUGCAUAUCAAUAUUUUGGAGACGUUGUCACGUUUGAUGCGACGUACCUCACAAACAUUUAUAAGAUGCCAUUUGUGCCGUUUUCAGGAGUAAAUCAUCAUCACCAAACCAUAAUGUUUGGUUGUGCGUUGUUAGUUAAUGAAACAGCUGAGUCAUAUAUAUGGUUAUUGAGGACAUGGCAGGAAGCAAUGCUUGGUCGUGCCCCUUUAACUAUUAUUACUGAUGAUGACAAAGCCAUGGCGAAGGCAAUUGCAGAGGUACUUCCAAAUACUACUCACAGGUUGUGCUUGUGGCAUAUUUUGCAAAAAUUUCCAGAACAUUUGGCACAUGUUUAUAACCAGUUUCCAGACUUUUCGAAAGAGUUCCGUCAUUGUAUUCAUGAGACAAUAACAUGUGAUGAAUUUGAGGAGGAAUGGAGUUCAAUAAUCCUGAAAUAUGGUUUGGUUGGUAAUGAUUGGUUGGAAAAUCUUUACAACCGACGAUAUAAGUGGGUUCCGGCUUACUUGCGAACCACGUUUUGUGCUGGUAUGUCAACCACGCAAAGGAGUGAGAGCAUGAAUAAAUUUUUCAAGGAUUAUGUUCGUUCGAGCACGAUGGUGAGUGAUUUUGUUCAUCAGUAUGAGAAAGCCUUAGAUGCACACUAUUUUAAGGAAAAAGAGAAGGAUGUGAGAACGAAAUCAACUAAGGCGGUUUUGAAAACAUGUUGGUCAAUUGAGGAAGAGGCGGCGUCAGUGUAUACAAGGAAGUCAUUCCAAAUCUUUCAAGCUGAGCUAUUUAAUAGCCAACGAUACAAAGCGUCCAAAGUUCAGAAAGAGGGUGAGAGUAAGAUGUAUGCAGUGGCACCUAAUGGCAAAGAGAAACCCAUUUAUUAUGUGACUUUGGAGAGUGGAGAAAUGAAGGCAAUAUGUACAUGUCAUAUGUUCGAGUUUUUGGGUAUUGUUUGUAGGCAUAUCUUAUGUGUCUUAACAAAGAAAUCAAAAUUAGAUGUGUUGCCAUAUCACUAUGUGGUUGAGCGAUGGACAAUCAAUGCUAAGAGUCGAGCUAUACUUGAGUUACCAGUUUCUGAGGGGCAUGUAAUGACACAAGAAGAUCCGAUAAUGCGAAAAAACAAGUUGAUGAUGCAGUUUUACGAUGUUGCAGACCUUGGCUCACAAUCAAGUUUUAAAAUGAACCACCUUUCUCAUGCCUUGGAGAAGGUCCACAAUGAGUUGCUUUUAAUGGAAGAUAUUGGAGAAAGAAAUUUCGAAGUCGGGGACAUGUCACGUAAUGAUUCCCUUAUGUUAAGAUCACAAGUAAUAUCAAAUUUCUCACAAACUAUACAAUAUCCUCAACGUGUGCCAACGAAAGGAAGACCGAAAUCCUUGAGAGCAAAGAACCCGAAAGAAACUCAAACAGUGAAGAAAAGGCGUUGA